GCGAUGCUUGUGACUUGCGAAAUGGAGAUAGGAUGUUUUCGGAAAAACAACCCUCUGUGUUUGAGGAUUUUGUACUUAAUUACAACGGAAACAUCGACAAAGAGGACAACAUCGACAGCAGCCGGCUGGAUACAACCACAGUGACCGACAUACGCCUCAUGAAAUGCAGCGCUCGGUAGGAUGAUCAGCAGUCAAGAAGAUGAGUUUGUGGCAGUGCGGGUCCAAGAUCCCCGCGUUCAGAACGAAGGCUCGUGGAACUCAUAUGUGGAUUAUAAGAUAUUCCUACAUACCAACAGCAAAGCCUUCACGGCCAAGACGUCCUGCGUGCGGCGGCGCUACAGCGAGUUUGCCUGGCUCAAGAAGAAGCUUCAGAAGAAUGCUGGUUUGGUGCCUGUUCCAGACCUUCCUGGAAAGUCCUUCUUCUCCUUCAGCAACGAGGACUUCCUGGAGGGGAGGAGGAAAGGACUCCAGGUCUUCUUGGACAAAGUGGUGCACAUGACCGUGUGCCUGUCAGACAGCCAGCUCCACCUCUUCCUGCAGACCCAGCUGCCGGUCGGUCACAUCCAGGACUGCGUUCAGGGCCACACGCCAUACUCUGUGACGGACGCCAUCCUCACCUACGCCUCGUCCAAUCGGGGCUUCGCUCAGGCUCAGGAGGACGAUUCCAUCAAGGAACCAAGUCUGACGGUUUCAUACGAGUCCACGGAGAGCCCAGCUCCUCAUCAGCCUUCCACACAAACUAAGGAGACCUUCAGCCCUGAGCUUGUGUCCUGCACUGACUCUGACCCUCUGGAAGGGGUUCUGCAGCACAAGGAGAACUCCUCAAUAAGAGUCCUCCAGAAGAACAACCACCUGGAAGCCGUCGUUGAAGACCGCGCCCCGACGGAGGCGAGCUUUUUUCUGGGUGACGGCCGGGGCGACCCCGACGGUCCGAGCCUCGCGGCGCAGAGCCGGCCGAGCAGCUGUCAGAUACAGACACCGGUGGAGGUGCACUCGCCCAUGGAGACCGGCUGUGAGGUGAACUGCGGGGUGAAGGAGGUGUGUUCAGGAAGAGAGGAGAGCGUUACGACAUCAGAUACAGAAGAAAAGACUGUCGCUCACCCGGACACAGAGACGGUGAAUCAACCGGAACGUUCUGAGGAGGCAAAUACAGAAAACUGCUUUGAGACAGAAAGAUGUGGGAACUCUGUGUCAACUUUAGAUUUGAAGGACAGCGAGGCUGAAUCUCAGGAGGACGUUCUGAGAGACGUCUGUUCUGAGAAGCAGGCUUCAGAAAAUCGUGUCCUCUCUGAGGUUAAUGGUCUUGAGCACGAUGGCGCCGCCGAGGGUGACGCUGCUGAUGUCAGCUGUCUGGAGGAGGUGAAGAACGAAGGAAGUCCUGAAUCGGAGACGCACCUUGAGUCAGAAAUCCAGGAAGAGACUCACGACGUGCACAGCGUCUCACAGGUGGAGAGCGCUGGCAACGACCCCGUUCAACAGCAAGACGAGAGCGACGAGGACAGCCGCUCGCUGCCGUCCUCCAACGGGAGCAUCGUCAAGGUCAGCGACGAAGAAAGCAUUUGUGACGAGAACGAGGACUCGGUCCACGCUCACAACGGCUACAUGAAGACGUCUCCUGAGGACGUGGCUCUCUGGUCAGAAGCAGAGGCCUCCAGUAGAAACAUUUUAGACCUGCACAUGAACGGCUGUUCUGUGGAAGAGGACGUUUCCACCCAGGAGGACGAGAAGCUACGAUACCUGAGUGAAGUCAGCGAGCUGAGUAAAUCUCUGGACCUUCACUCCAUGGUAACUGGUGGAGAUUUGACUGAAAACAGUGAUUUCAGCAUCUUAGAGAGCAGCUGCUCGCCUGGACUAGCUGAUAGUAAAUGCACAGAGCAGGAAACUCUGUCCUCGCUGUCUGUGGACACCUCAGAGGAGACUCACGAGGUGGAGGCGCAUCAAACAGCCGAAUGGCUCCUAAACUCCAUGAAACCACAUGUAGUCGAGCCAGAGCAAUGAAUCAUGGGAGCUGCAACACAUUUGAUGACAGCACAGAGACAAGCUACACACACAAAUAUCUGCUCGGUGUCUUCUCAACGUGAACGAUCCGGUCUGUCAGCCCCGGACAGAGGCUUCAGCACCACAGCUCCAGACACAGUCAUUUAAACUUUGUGCUGUCACAUGUUGUAGGUCUAACUAAAAAAAAACCUGUAUAUUUAAUUUGACACACAUCACAUUCAUUUACACUCAGGUGCAUUAAAUACUGGCAGUUUCUCACCUGUAGCUGGCUCCUCUGCUGUGGAUGAUGAUUGGCUCUUAGAGACCAGCAGAGGGCGCUCAAGCUCACUAAAGGAAACCUGCCUCAUGGUUCAGGUCUGAACAGCUGAAGGUUUCAUUGUUGUGUAGACAGAUAAAUUCACAUUCAGAUUUACAGCCUCAAUUAAUGUGAAACCCAUGAAAAUCACUGCAGUAAGUGAGUCGACAUCUGCGUCCACCUGAAUCCUGAGCGUGCUCGUUAAAUAGUGAUAGAAGCUGUGUCUGCAGAUCAGAGAUCAGCAUUAAACCACUUCUUAACGUUUGGUGUGUGAGUUCACCUCGUAGCACACGCUGCUCUGAACAAGGCGGCAGUGCUGAUCUGUGUUAUUAUCAUGACGGAUCAGAGGGAACGAACCGACGUGUUAGUCCAACAAAGCACAAACGAGUGUUUGUCAUGUUGAAGACAUUUGAUGCCCCCCAGUGAAUGAUCGAUAAGAACAAACAGAAGCAGUGAAUAACAUUAAAAACAGUUUUCACACUGGAACUGCUGGCACCUUUUCAGGCUUGUGAUCGUUUUGUGCGUUCUUGUAUUUUCUGGAACAUGUUCUGCUCUUUAAAUGGAUUUUAUUUCGUAAUUAAAACUCGUUAAAGAGGAAACGAUGGCGGCACCAUGUUUUCUAAACACUGAGCUUCAUCCUCGUCAGUCGAGGUGUCACAUCUGCUCGGCUGUUUAUUUCCUGUCGGCUGGAUUCUUUUUGUCAGACAUCAGCGUCUUUUCUAACUCACUGCAGUCGGUUCAGGUGAGCGCAGGUUGGACCUUGACGUUGUUUUCUCUUGCUGUUGCAGCCGCUGCUUGUGUUGUUUUAUAAAAGGGACCCAGAGUUUUUUGUGCACAGAAAUGAGCCUCGUCACAGACGUGGGAUCUAGCAGGUGGACUCUGGAGUGCUGGGUUUUGCUUUCUCUUAACACUGUAAAUUAGAUUUAUUUUAAAUUUUUUUGCAGAGUUGAAUUGCUUUUAAAAAAAAGUUUGUUUUAUUACUUUUUUAAAAUAAUGUUCAGAAGCAAAGGUCUCCUUUCGUUUCUGUGGAGACUUUCUAACAUGGAUCUUCAUGGACAACCUGAGUGACGAUGUCCAUGUAAAGACACAGACUAUGAUCUAGUUUUAUUUCAAAUAAAUAGUUUUUCUUCUU